UUGAAUAUAACUAAAAUUUGAGCUUUCCACAACACUUUCAGCCGGCAAUUAACUAACGGAUUAAGAAUUCAAAUACUAAAAUGUACACUAAAAAUAUGUUUACACAUGUAUUCUUGUUGUACGCCAUCGGCUUCAUUGCCAUAAGUACAGGUGAGGGAAAUGUGGAGGUAAAGUCRUUAACACCGGAGAAGUCUUUGAAYCGCCGCAGUCUGUCUGGAUUUGGCAGCGAGUCAGGACACACAGUAGCUAUCAGUGCCAGUCCUUGGCUGGGCGGCGGUAAUGAUGCACAUUUCGGUGGUGGUUUUGGUGCACUAGCUGUUAGUGGCUGGAAUCCUUGGAAGAGCUUUUCUGCGAGUCACAGCUCGGCGCCGUCACCCAGCGAGGUGGCUAAUGCCAUUGCCUCCGCAAAGCAAGCUUCAGCCAAUGUACUAAUUGCGCAACAACAAAUGCAGGCGGCUAAAGAGAAUGUGCUCAAUCAGCAACGCAUGGCUAUGGAGAAGGAAACAGCUGCCGCCAUACUUACACAGAAGUCCGAGGCCGCUGCCGCUAUUCAACGCUCCGAAGCAGCGGCUGCCGCACAAGCUGUAGUGUUGGCACAACAACGUUUGGCCGCCUCGAAGGCCGCGGUGGCGCAUCAACAACGCAUUGCUGCGGCGCGUGAAGCUGAAGCAGCAUCGGCAUUGCAACGAUCGGCCCAUGCCGCAGCGGCUGAGAUACAGAAAACCGAAUAUGAAGCCUCCAAACUGGGACAAUAUACACGAAACGGUAAUGCUGGCGCGGCACAUCAUCUCACCUUGACCAAGGAUGUAGCAUUCAGCCCAAUAACGGCAGGCACCAAUCACGUACCCAAUGUUCAGUCGUUAGGUCCAUGGGCGAGCAGUGGUGGCAAGGGAUCGGCUGGUGGUGGUGCUGGCUCCAGCGGUUGGCUGUAA